AUGGCAUCCUUCCUGGCCCUGCGCGUGGCUCUUCUGCUCAUCUCUGGGGUCCUGGCCCCUGCGGUGCUCACAGCCGAGGGUCCGCAGGAGCCUGAUCCCACACUGUGGAACGAACCCGCCGAGCUGCCGUCGGGAGAAGGCCCCAUUGAGAGUACCAGCCCCGGCCAGGAGCCUGCAGCCACCGCUGCACCGCCUCCCACCUCUGUGCCCGGCCCAGAGGACAGCACGGCGCGGGAGCGGCUGGACCACGGCGGCGGCUCGCUGGGGCCCGGUGCCAUCGCAGCCAUCGUGAUCGCCGCCUUGCUGGCCACCUGCGUGGUGCUGGCGCUAGUGGUCGUCGCGCUGAGAAAGUUUUCCACCUCCUGA